AUGGCAGAAUACAACUCCUCCGAUUUGACAUCCAUCCUGAACACAUUAUCAGCCCUGUCCAAACCGGUACCAACACCAGGAACUCAGAAUCCCUCUACUCAGCAGCCUUAUAGCUCUAGCCCCCGUAUCCAACCCAGCCAUGAUGAUGAUGACGACGCAUACGAACCCCCAGACAUCCCUCCAGCUCCAGCACCCUCGACUUCCAAACCACAACCACAUCUACACCCUCAACAACUGCACCCUCCCAAACCAGCACCAACAGAUCCCACACCAUCAACAGACCCCUCAACAAUAACAACAUGGCCCUCCGCCCUCCGCCAUGUCAUGCGAACAGUCUCCCAAAACGAAGUCCUCCAGCGCCGCAUCCGCCGCCUAAUACAAUCCCAACACGACCACGAGGAACAAUGGUGGCAGGGACGGGAGGCACUAUGCAAGAAACAGAAGGCGAGGGGGGAGAAGAAGAAGGAGUUGGAUGAGGUGUUACGAUCAGUUGGGGUGCCAGUUGAUUCUUCCAAGGGGGUAUCUACAGCCGAAGAAGACGAAACAGAACUGAAAAACUACGAUGCCAAAAUCUACGCCGCAUCCAACCAAAUGGCACAAGCUCUUACGCUCGAGUUACGGGGACUGGGGAUACCAUUCUUCAGCAUAAAGCGGGAUUUGGUCUCUGACAACCACAAGAAUAAUGAUGACCAUGACAAACAGCAUAAAGAUAAGCUGCCUCGAGAUGAACUCUCCGCUCUCCAGCUAAGGAUGCUGGACUUGCUGCAGGAUCUUUGUAAGGAGUGA